GUAGAGUGGAGAAGGUUCAUUACGAAUGCCUUAUAGAAAUGAAAAUGAUAUUUUAAUACUGUUAUCAAAACCGGGAUCUAACUGGUGAAAAUUGAUACGUGAAAGGUAAUCUGUGAAAAGGUUUUACAGAUUUAUUUUUGAAACAUCUCGUGUUUACUUGUAUGUGUCGCUGACAUCGAUGUAUGGUGGAACAUUGUAUAACGGAUAAUAAAUUCUAUAUUGAACAAAUUAAAUAGUAAAUAAUGGUUUAUUAAGUGAUGGAAAAUAAAUUUAUGGAAAUGUAAAAAAACGCUAUUAAAGCUUAAUUUAAAAGCUAUUAGUGGAAGAGGGAGUUACUAAUUACAUAUAUUGCAUAGGCAGUUCAUCAUCGACUGUGAUCAGAUAGAAACAGUUUCGUCUUCAUGUGAAGAGGUUACACACAUUUCCAUUCAAUGAAUUAAAAUGUGAGAGUUAAAAGGGUGCAAUAGUUGAAGCCCGCUGAUAGAAAGUGAAAAGAUCUGUGAUAAAUAACAUUGUUAACUAUAUUACAUAUUAAAGAAAUUCGAAUUUUCCGUGGAUCAAAUAAAUGAGAUUAGCAGUUUUAGUGGAUUUCACAAAACUUGCGUUAUCGGGGCGAUCAAGUGUGGGAUAAAGAGGGGAUUUGAAAGGAGGAAAAAUAAUGCGUUUCAAGUGACAUGAAUAUCGGAUACUUACAUGAAAGUUUACAGAAAUGUUCGGAUUACGGGUUCCAGUAGCGAAAUCUUUGGCUACAACAGAAUUUGACGGAGUACAGGCUAUACUUUAUAACAGCAGUCUGCAUAAGCCUUCACACUGGCUGUCAAGGGUGGACAAAGCUGGUAGAAUAUUUCAUCUUGAAUUAGAGAAUUCAACAGAUUCCAGUGACAGCAUUUCUGUUGACAAGGAAUGUUUUUGCAGUGAUUGUGCUACGGAUGACACUGGAUAUGGCACUGACACGGACUUGAACUUGAGUCUUAGGUAUAGAAACAAUGCUUUAAAACUAAACCAGCCAGAUUUUAAUGAUGUCACUGAUGUAUUAAAAGGAAGCAGCUUUGAUAUUCCGAUAUCUAAAAAUAGCUCGUUUGAUAUCAGUGGAAAAGACAUUCAAAAGGUUGAAGAGGAUAUUGACAGUUUGUUCCAAGGUGUUGAUGCGACUCGGAAUAAGCGUGAUUUUGAUGAUUUGGACGUAGACAUUCCUUUUGAUAUUGACAGCUGCUUUUCAGAAGGAGAGUUAAAAAUUGACAGGGAUUGUUUAAGUAGUGAAUAUGCUGAAAUAAUAGACUUUGAUUACAAAGAGAAGUCUAAAGAACCUGUGAAAAGUAAACAAUAUUUAGAGUAUUCUAAAGUGAAAGAAACCACUAGAGGAAAGCAGUGCGAAUGUGAAGCAAAAAUGAACAUUGGAACAAGGCAUUGUGUACAAGUUGAUGUUAAAUUAAGGACUAAUAAACAAAUUGAGGAAGAUUUAACAACUGUACAGCUGUGUGAACAGAUAUUGGGAAUUGUUCCCGGACAUUAUGGUUCCAGUCAGUCAGGGACUAAUGGCCACCGGAGAAAAGAUAGGAGGGUAAAAAUACGGGGUCUUGUCCCCUCUGGUGUAGCAGCUAAAUAUACACAAAUCAGAGUUGGUGACAGUUUGAUAUGUAUCAAUGAUCAGGAGGUUACCUGGGAUAAUUUAGAUAACAUUCUGCAGAUUUUACUUUAUCAGAGACAGGCCAAGCUGCUUAUUAAAAAGAAUUCAAGAGAGAAAAAGUCUGGUUCCCUGCUUGUAAAAAAGACAAGCCAGUCAUCAGUUAGUAGACUUGUGCAGCUGGUUACUGGCUCCAACAAUAGUGCUGUAUCCAUUGAGAAUAUUGCUGAAGGAGAAUGGGAACCAUUCUAUGGAGCAAUGUAUUUGUCACUUGAAGGUGUGAACUCCGACAAUAUGCAAGCCAAGGAGGACAUUGUGUAUCAGUUUCCUAGGGUUGACAACAAAGUGAUUGCAUCAAGAGGGAUGUUCAUCACUUUAGCUGGCACAAUCAACGAUGCUAUACAAUCAACAGUACAAAGCACAACUUUGAUGGUAGAUAACAGCCCUGUGCAUGUAGUAUACCAUUGUGAAGGACAAAACUUGUUUGUUAUUUCUGCACCUGAAAAUAGAUUUUCACUCACUUCCCUGACGACACUUGUGAAAGACCUUGUCCGUCUGCUGCAGGUUACCCAUAGUUCCGUUCAUGAAGCCUUCACCACAUUAGCCAAUCACAAUCAACUAGACUGCUUCUUCGCUUUACUACAUCAAAAUCAGGUCUCACAGUCUACAAAUAAUGGCACAGUCCAGAAUGAGAAGUGCAAUCUAAACCAGUCUGCCAAGAUAUUACCAUUACCAAAUGAGAUUAAGUGUUGUGCAGAUAGAGUUCUGACUGAUUUUGAAGCUGCUGAUUUUGGAGACAUGUCUGACAGUUACUAUGGAAACAGAAGAAGCUAUUCUAUUUUAGGAUCAUGUUUGUUUUACAAGAACUACCUCAUUUCUAAUCACUUACCAAAAGACGAUCUGGUGGACUUUUCUACCUACCUGAAAUAUCACUCACUACUAAACCUGAGCACCGAUCACUCGCUAGGACAACUGGUCGUGUGGAGGGAAAUUCACCCGACCCGGCAUUGCCAGGCGGUACCGGACGAACAACAGUUUGGUUACACGGAACCUCUUAUAGCACGAUGGUUUUGGCUGAUUGUUGGCUACAAAAACCUGAUAAUGUGUGUAUCUUUGGAGACUGGAGGUUGUACUAAAGUUGUUGAUGGUGUAUCGGCACCUGAUCCUUUCCUCAUAGACCAGACACGGGCUGUCCUUAUGCAGCUGUAUAGUCAGAAUAUUGCCUCACAUUGUGAAAACAGUGUUUCCAGUCAGCCAUCAUCUUUUGUGUCACACCCUGACGACCUCGUUCGAAGACAACAAGGUCAUGACCUUAUAUCAAGGUCACUCAAAGGUCAUGAUAUUAUACCAAAGUCGCUGAAGAAAUUACCUCACAGAGACUCGACAAACUUGUUCAGUGUUGCCAAUGGUGUUACGGAGAAUUCCGGGUCGAUUCGACGACUGAUGCAGCGACGGAAAGAUUCAAUGGAAUCGGAUAAUUCUAGUGAAAGUAGCGGAGAAUCUCUGUUUAAAUUCUCUAAGAAAGGACGCCUGUUUCCAGAAACAGCAGAUUUGUUACACAAUAUAAGUGAGUCAAAGGAAGACAUCGGGCCACUUAACUCCAAUAGAAAGUUGACAGCAGGCAUAGACAACUGCUUGUUCCAUUUCCAGUAUUACGACAACCUAGAGGGCGUGUUUAUAUCCUCCGAGGCAGAUGUGGGCGGAGUCAGUCAAUUAAACAACGAAAUAUACAAGUGCUUCCAGACUGCUUGCCAGAAAAUUAAACAAAUGUUUGAUAGUGCUAGAAGAACAAAGGAACAAAGUAAGGAUAGAAAACAGCAUGUAUGUGGUUUGAAUGACGAUUUGGUCACAGCGAGGGAGGAAGGUGUCAUGUUUACAUGUACACUACCUAACAACGAUAAGAAAUCUCAUCCACUAUGUUACUGGGUUGUUGGACGCUGUUUGUCACGGUCAUUAAGAAGAGAAGUUUAUGUUUGUUUCCACGAUUCAACUCCACAAACUGUGAUCGAACUAGCAUUUAAAAUAGCACUUGGUUACCUCCCUUUAUAAACACAAAAAUAGCCAUAAGUUACCUCCCUUGGUAAGCCAACAAAAUGAUGUCAAAGAUAGAAAACUGCAUCAGUCAAGGAAGAACAUCUGUGCCAAUAUAGUGAAUUUGUUUUUAAAGAUGAAUAAAAUGAUGUAUUAUAAACUUUUGCGGGUGACCUAAAUUUUCUUCCAUUCUACAAGCAUAAUAGAAAUUAUGUUAUUUAUUACAUAUUAGCUGUUAAAAAAAAAUCAAUGAAUCCUAAAAUAUUUUUGUUAACCUUCCGAAUAUUAAUAGAGAUUAUAACUAGUCUAUGCCACUAGUUAACUAUCAAGUUUUCACACUCAACUGUGUUCGUGCUGAAUUACCUUAAACUACUAUUGGACUGUCCGAAAUUCAAGGCAGGGCAAGUCUAUUUUAAAAAUAUAGAGGUGUAUGGGUUGAUUUGCUUAAGCUAUAUUUUCAAUAAUAUCAACUUAAAUUUAGAAGUAAAAUUUGCAAUAGAUGUUAUCCAGAACUUGGUAAAUGUUGGUUUUUCCAAUCUUGUCGGGGUAUAACAGACUUUUACCACUUUGGCUUCAUAGUACACUACAGUUCAUAAUAAUGUAAUCAAUGUGUUGCACUUGUUAUUUAAUUAUUUGCCAAGUUUUUAACGGUGAAAAUUAUGUAUCCUGGAUUAGGUGGGAAAAGUCACAUUACCGAGUUCCAGAGUCUCUCUAUUUAACAAUUUUCAAAAUGUUAUUUUUGUAAAUCAAAAUAUUCAGUUACCAUUUUAAACUGGAUUAUAGUAGUUAAAAGUAAUGUGUAUUUAUUAUAGUAGUUGAAAGUAAUGUGCAGUUAGUAAUUGCAACACUUUAUAUUUUUUAUUAAUAGAAGUAUCAAUGGUCAGCAUUUUUGUUAAGAGAGUUGAAUGAUUUUGAAUUUUAAAUUAAGACGGACACUAUUGGUAAAUAUAGAAUGGUCAUUGAUUGACAUAACCUACCUCAGGCAUUUGUAGCAUUAGUGUUCAUUCUAUGCAUCAUUACAUCCUAUUAAAUCAUCUAUUAGUCUUUAGUAAGUAAUUUACGCCUUUAUUUAAUGAGGCUUACACAUUCAGUUUUCGAUCUUCCAUGUGGGCCUCAGCUGAUGGUCACAAUAUAACAGUAAACAGUUAACAUAUAUACACAACUGUCUACUUUAAAACGAGUAGAUAAAUAUUUAAAAAUUGUGUUUUGAACGAAUUUGCCUUUAAAUAAGUAAAAGCUAAUGUUUGAAAGAUUUUGCCUCACCAUCAAGUGAAAUUGAAAUUAUGGUGAAAAGAAUGUUUUUGAGAACCUAUUUUGCGAAUUUGUCUUUUAAGUUGAAAACAAAAUGUGAUAAAUAGAACAAUUUUUGUGUUUGGAUCAUUUGUGUUUGGGUCAUUUGUUUUUUAAAUAAUUUACACUGUGAAGAGGCCAGUUAGUUUUGUAAAUCUUAUUCCAGUUAUUAAAUGAACAUUUACAAGUAACUAUGCAAUAGACACAUCAUCUUUUUUUCUGUAUAUAUUAAUUAUACCCCCGCACAACAAAGUUGUAAGGGGGGUAUACUGGAAUCAGCUUGUCCGUCCGUCCGGCUGUCCGGCCGUCCGUCGGUUUUUUCUUGUCCGCCCAAUAACUUAAGAUUCCUUUGACCCUUAGUCUUCAUAUUUAGCAUGGAGGUUAGUCAUGAUUAGUAGAUGACCCCUAUUGAUUUUGAGGUCACCAGGUCAAAGGUCAAGGUCACAGGGGCCUUGACUUCAAAAAGCUUGUCCGCCCAAUAACUUAAGAUUCCUUUGACCCACAGUCUUCAUAUUUGGCAUAGAGGUUAGUCAUGAUUAGUAGAUGACCCCUAUUGAUUUUGAGGUCACCAGGUCAAAGGUCAAGGUCACAGGGGCCUUGACUUGAAAAAACUUGUCCGCCCAAUAACUUAAGAUUCCUUUGACCCACAGUCUUCAUAUUUGGAAUGGAGGUUAGUCAUGAUAAGUAGAUGACCCCUAUUGAUUUUGAGGUCACCAGGUCAAAGGUCAAGGUCACAGGGACUUUGACUUCAAAAAAGUUUGUCUGCCCAAUUACUUUAGAUUCCUAUGACCCACAGUCUUCAUAUUUGGCAUGGAUGUUGAUCAUGACUAUAAGGUGACCCCUAUUGAUUUUGAGGUCACUGGGUCAAAGGUCAAGGUCACAGGGAGCUUGACAAAAAAAAGCUUUUCUUCUCAAUUGCUAAAGUAAAUGUCCUGUCCGCAAUGUAUUGAUUUUGACAUUUUCACAUUUGAAGCAUGUAGAAUACAAUGCACUGGCUUAGUAACCUCAGAUUUGGCAGGGAGAUUGUGUUUGAGCUCUAAAUGGCCACUGUUGAUUCUGACAAAGUGGUAUGCGGGGGUAUUCACGCCAUCAUAGUGGCAGUUCUAGUUAAUGCUAUGCAAAUUAAACAGGGUAUAUUUUAUAACUUUACAUUCUGGUAUUCAAGAACUAUUUUUUUCUUUACUUUCUUUUCUCUAGAUGUUUUUCAUUCAUUUAGAAAUACUUUACUACAUAGACUCAUUUUCAUUGUGUGUAGUAUAAGUCUUGUAAUAUUAUACAAAAACUUCAGUUUAUAUUUUCAUUUUACUGUACUACAUUAUCCAAUUAAUUAUCUGAUUAUUUUCACCUUACAAUCCCAAAGUAUUCUAAUCUGUCAAUACUGAAUAGGGGAUGUCCCUCCGUCCAUAUGUUCUUUAGCGAACAACUCGAAACUUGGCAAUGGCUUCUUUAUUUCAAGUUUGUGCCUUUAUACUUACUCACAACAUACAUGUUCCUCUUGAUGAGUUUUAUUUAGACAUAUUGAAAUAUGACCUUGACCCAUAUAAAUGUCCUUGACCUUAAAGGUCAAAUUUUCGACCUAGAAAGCUUACUGAUUACAAACACAUCCUGUUGCUAAGCAAAUUUUGUGGCAUUUUUUUCCCACAUAAUUUAACAGAGUUAAAGCCCUUGUGUAUAAUGUAAACUUGUGCAUAAUAUGUCUGUACUAUCAUUCUCUAUUAACUUUUACAUCAAGUUUGCUAAUUUAAAAGGAUGAAAUUGUAGCUUUCUGUUUUACAGAAAUUUUAUAUGAACUUUUUAAAAUCACUACAUUAUGCAGCACUUGCCAAAAUGAUUAAUUGGACAUAAUAUCAUGUUUCAUUUUAACAAAAUAAUAAUGACAUAUAAAAUAUUUUUGAUUUCAUGUAUGCCUCUUUUAUAUAUUAAUUUUGGUUGUGAAAUAGUCAAUAUGAUUGCAUUUUAUUUGCAGUCUAGUAGAUGAUUCAUAUUUGACAUUUAAUGUUGAUAGCUGUAGUUGGGAAGAAGUUUCAUUUAAAAUAAAAUUUUAGGAAGUUCACAAGCUCUGUUUGUGGAAAUAAUUGUUGACAAUACUGGAUAUUGAACAUGUUUUGUUACAAUGUUUUAAAUAAUAAAAUUCUUACGUUAUUAGAAGGGUCAUUAGAUGGUGAAAUGCACUUACUUUGGCAAUUAAAUAUUUUAGCUUUUUUUUUAAAAAAAAAACUGAGAAAAAAAAAAUGUUGAUUUAAUUAAAUUCAAGAAGCAUUGUUCCAUUAUUAUAAUAAUUAACAAAGUCUUCACUUUUAUUAAACAGGAAUUGCAAUGUAAAUUUUUUCUGUAACUUUUUGGAACUGGUUCGGUAUGCACUCAAAUGGCACUCACAGAUUCACUUUUUCUCAUUCAGACUCUGUCAGUGUUUUCAUAACUGAUAAAAUAUGGACAAAUAUUUAUAAUUUCUUAAAUGACAUGCAUUUUUUUUAAAUUUUAUGUUCAUAUGUAAAACAUUUGAAUCACUACAAUUGAACACAGUUACAUGUAUUUAAUUUGGAGAGGAAAAUAUGCACUCUUAAUUUGAAAGCAAUUGAACACAAAGCAAUAAAAGUAAAUUUAUAUAUUCAUAAAUAAUUAUUUUAUAUGUACACUUGAAGUAUAAAGCAAUAUUUGUGCAUUUAUUUUGAGAUUAACAUAAUAAAUUAUCGUUGUUGUUAUUGUUAUCAUUCAAAAGGAAAAAAUAAAAACUUAUCCAAUGUUA